AUGUCUACAACACGCACUUACUACCCAUCCUACCCAUCCACAUCGUACCCCAUCAGCGUACCACAGAAGCCCGGUUACUACUACCCACCUCAACAGCACUAUGGUCGCAUCUCCGGAUCACCGCCAGAAGCUUCAGACAGCACAACAACAUCAGGUGUGCCGUCCUACGAAGUUUCCGCAACAUCAAGUCACUAUGCUGGUAGCCAUAGCGACUACGAUUCAAGCAGCGGCGCUGCCAGUGUAGACUUGCUGGACUACAUGGGCAACCGCCUGAACGGAUCUUUCGACCCUCUCCCGCUGGACCGCAGUCUGGCAAAGCAGGCGCAAACGUCGGGCGAGCUGAACGCCAAACACCGUGAACUCCUCGAAUUGCAAGCAUUGGCUCAGCGAAGACUAGCCGGCGCACAAGCAAGCUUCGCAUCUGGUAUGCGAGCAGCAAAGGAAGUGCAGAAAGACCUGCAAUGGACGCAGAAGCGCGUGGACUCUCUCAACGACCGCGCAGCACGCAAAUAUCCAGAACAGUACAGAACUGCUCAGCGACGAUACCCAGCACCCGUCGACUACUAG